AUGCCCAAAUCGAAUUCCACGUCGGACAAGAGCAAGGGGAAAAAGUACGAGAUCGCGCGCUCGGAAAAGCUCGGAAGGUACCUGAUAGCCGGUCGAGACCUGUCCGCGGGCGAGGUGCUGUUCCGCGAGAAGGCCCUGGCCGUGGGGGUGGCCAUGUACGAGCGCGCCAUGGUCUGCUUCGGCUGCAUGCGGCCCUAUAACCACGACGAGCAGUCGUCGUCCGCGGCGAAGCUGCAGUGCUGCACGUGCUCCAAGUGCGACCUGGCGCCCGUCUGCAAUCGGCUCUGCGAGACGUCGAGCGAGUCGCUACACACCAGCUGGGAGUGCGACUUCUUCCGCGAGAAAGCCGAGUUGAUCGGCGGCAACGUGGCCGAGUUGCUGUCGGUGCUGCUGCACGUGAGGCUGUGUCUGCUGCGCGACCACCAGCCCGAGCUCUGGCGCCAGAUCAUGGCCAUGGAGUCGCACCUGGACGAGCGCCGUGGUAGCCCCGUCUGGCAGGAACGCGAGCUCGGCGUCGUCUCCAUACUCAGGAAGUACGGCCUCGAAUCUUCCUCGGCGGAUCCGGACGAGUUGCAGCGACUCUGCGGCGUCGUGGACGUCAACUGCUUCGAGCUGCGCGCCCCUUCCUCGAGACCCUAUCAUCAACAACGAGAGUCGAGCCAAGACGACAACUGCCUGCUACGGGGCCUCUACGCCACGGCCUCGAUCAUGUCGCACGAGUGUCGCGGCACCGCCUGCCUCGCCGCCGACGAGUCCUUCUCCAUGACGGUGUACACGGCUGUGCCCCUGGCCCGGGGCCAGGUCGUCUCGUUCAAUUACACCUCGUCGCUGGCGGGCACCCUGGAGCGCAGGGAGCAUCUGCGCGAGGGCAAGUACUUCAGGUGCGACUGCCGGGUCUGUCUGGACCCGCUGGAGGCCGGCUCGUACGCGAGCUGCCUCGUCUGUCCGAGAUGUCGCAGGGACUGGGUGGCAAUGAGAGAGGACACUUUGAAAAACGACGAAGAGGAUCCGUACGGCAGGGGCUUGGGUUGGCAGUGUCGCGGAUGCGAGAGGAGGUACGCAGGGUGUUUGAUCGAGAGCUCGAUCGUACUGGCCAAGAGGUGGAUCAGCGAGGUGGAUACCGGUAGCGUAAGGGCCAUGGAACACCUACUGGACAAACUAUCCUCCACCUUCCACACGAAUCACUACCUCGUGCUGAGCCUCAAGCAAAAACUCCUCGCGGCCUACAGGCGCGACGUAUCCUCUUCCUCGAGUUAUUACAAUUCGACCAGUCCCCCCGCCUCGCGCAAGACCCUCCGCAGGAUGUACGCCCUCUGCCUCGAAUUACUCUCCCUACUGGAGAUCGUCGAGCCGGGCCUGUCGCGCCUCAAGGCCAUCCUCCUGUACGAGAUGCACGUGCCUCUGGCGGCGGCGGCCACUCGAGCCUACGGCGCCCGAGAGAUCGGCCCGCGCGAGCUGCUCGAGGAACUGGAGCGGGCCAGGGCGCACCUGAGGAGGGCACUGGAGAUGCUGCUGAACGAGCCCAGGGACACGCCCGAGGGACAGUUGGCCAGAAGGGGGCUGCAGGAGAUGAGGCUGCUGCAGACCAGCGUCGAGGAUGCCCGGGCUCUGGUGGAGCACGAGCGGAUGGAUAGCAAGGACGGGAGGAGGAAGAAUAAUUGUAACGCGGCGGCGGCGGUGGCUGCUGCUGCCGUUGCUUGCGGGGGAAAGAGAAAACACAAGAUCGUUAGGUGA